AUUUUUAUGACUUAAACAAUUUGAUUUAAUUCGAAAAUAUUUGAGAAAAGAAAGAGAAAUAAAAAAAAAACGGAAAAAAAUGGCGGGAAAAAUUGGUCUAAAACCAUUAUAAAAUUUGUAAAAAAUUUUCCGAAAUUAUGGUUAUAAAUAAAAAGGUUAUAUUCUAAAACGUAUCCCAAAAUAUACAAACAUACAAAGUGUAGACAAGUCUAAAAUCGCUUAAAAAUCACAAAUAUAGAUAGAAAAAGAGAAACAAAAAAACGUCUAUCUUUCCGUGUUAUGAAAGAAACUGAUGACAAUAGAAGAACAAGUGUAAGCGGAGGACCAAAUAUGCAACACAGAAAUAGUAUUUAUAAAAAAUCAGAUGCAAGUAAAGAUGGCGGUGUUAUACAUACAAUACCAGUUGAUAUGCAAAUACCAUGUAUAAAAUUCUCAGAUGAAUAUGAUAUUGACAAAACAUUGGCGGAGGGUUGUUUUGCAAAAAUCUUAUUAGCAACACAUCGUCAAACUGGUACAAAAAUUGUAUUAAAAGCAGUUCAUACAGAAUUAACAAGUCAAAAAGAAUUUAUUAAAGAAUUUCAUUAUAGUUAUCAUUUGUCACAUCAUCCAAAUAUAUUAAGUGCAUAUAAUGUAUGCUUUCAAACAAAUGAAUAUUAUGUAUUUGCUCAAGAGUUAGCACAAUAUGGUGAUUUAGCAUCAAAUGUUGGUUCAAAUGGUUUACAUGAAUCAGCAUGUAAAUUAAUUGCACAACAAUUAAGUGAUGCAUUAGGUUUUAUGCAUAUGAAAAAUUUAGUACAUCGUGAUUUAAAAUUAGAAAAUGUUUUAGUAUUUACACCAGAUUUCAGUCGAAUAAAAUUAUGUGAUUUUGGUACAACAACAAGAAAAAGUUUAUUAGUUAAUAAAGUAAGGCAUACAUGGACAUCAUUUAUACCACCAGAAAUAUUAGAAAUUGUUAAAAAUGAACGUUUUACAUGUAGACCAGCUGCUGAUUCAUGGCAAUUUGGUAUUAUAUUAUAUACAAUAUUAACUGGUACAUUACCAUGGAAAUUAGCUGAUUGGGUUAAAGAUACUAAUUAUGCAGCAUUUAUGAAAUAUCAACAAAAGAAAACACAAAAAUUACCAGAUAAUUUUAAAAAAUUCUCACAACGUUUAAUAAGAUGUUUUCGUAAAUAUUUUGAUCAUAGUGCUGAAGAUCGUUGUAAAGUACAAGAAAUCCAAAAAUAUAUGAAAGAUCGUUGGAUUGAAUGUAAAAUACAAUCAUCAAAAUCAGCAACAAUGAUAUCUGGUGGUGGUGCUGGUGUUGGUGGUGGUGGUGGUGGUAAUGAUGAAAAUUGUGGUGAUAUGGAUUCAUUAUGUGUUUAUUUAAAUCAAAAAGGUAGUAGAAAUUCAAAUGAAGAAAAUAAAAUAAAAUUAAAAAGACUGAUGAGCAGUUAUGGUUUAGAAACAACAUGGGAUCAAAAUACAAUUAGAAAACGUGUUUGGGAAUGGUUACAAACAUGUGAAGAAACAUUCGAUAAUGAAUUAGAAGAAGUUUUAAUUGAAAAUUUAACAGCACAUGCACUAACAUAAAUAUGGUGCCAAAAAAACACGAAAAUCAUAAUUAAGUUUAAUUAAAUUAAUGAAAUUAAAAUUUUUUUAAAAUGGAAAAAAACCAAAAUGGAUAAGUGAUUUUUAAUUCAGGAAUAAGAUUGGAUAAAGAGGUUAUUUUAACAUAACAGCAAGAACAGCAACAUUAUAAAAAAAUAUUGGAUAUAUGAAGUGAAAAUUUAUACAUUUGAAUAUAAUUAUGAAAAUAAUAUCAUUCAUCCAGGAUGAACGAAAAAAAAAAAAUAUCGAAAGAUAAUUUGUAAUUAUACAAUUUUAAAUUUAAGAUUAAAAUUAAAUAUUUUAAUUUUAAAAUUACAUACAUAUAAAAAUUCAUAUGAAUGAAAAAUUAAAAAAUGAGCAAAAUAAUUUUUGACAAUAAUUAAAUAAAUAUAAGAAAUAAUUCUAUUGAAUACAAUAAAAUGAAAAUAAAAUAUCAAAAAUAUAAAAAGAAAAUUAUAUAAAUAUAGAAA